AAUUUUGAUAACAAGGUUACCAGUUUGUCAUCCCAUUUUGCGUUGAAGUUAUUUUGUUUUCGUCUUCUCAUUAAAUUUGUUUUUCUUCUUAUCUUUCAGUUGGUUGCCACGGAUCGAGAGGGGAUAUCCACGGGGCGCUUCCGAGUCGAAGAUGGUGAGAGGGAUGAGAUCUCGACGAUGGCAACCGGAAGUGACGUUCACCUCGAGAACCCAGAAUACCACACACGGUGGUAUUUCAAGUACUUUCUUGGAAAAAUUCAUCAAAACUACGUAGGAGCAGAUGUGGAAAAGAAUAUCUUCUUCCUCUCCGUAGUUCUUACAGACGCUAACAAUCACAAUGUGCCCCAAUACAGAGCGAUCUUGUGGAGAAAAACGGGAACACAAAAGAUCUGUAUACCGUACAACUCGGCUAAGUCGAUGUCAGUGAAAAGAAUACUUGGCCGAUUCAACAUCAAAUCAGAGAAGUCACCGAAGGAAAUCUAUACACCAGACAUUCAAAAGGAGCUACUGCUGUUGGAAGAGCAAGAGGGGUCAGUGAACUUCAAGUUCGGUGUUCUCUAUGCUAAGAACGGUCAGAAAUCAGAUGACGAAAUGUUCAGCAAUGAGCAUGGAUCAGAGGCCUUCCGGAAGUUGGUUUCUCUCUUGGGCGAGACCAUUACACUCAAGGGGUGGGACAAGUUCAACGGCGGUCUCGACGUCAAAAACAACACCACGGGUACAGAAUCAAUCUACACUAUGUACGAGGGACAUGAGGUUAUGUUUCACGUAUCUACCUCGCUGCCUUAUUCCAAAGAUAACAAACAACAGGUCGAGAGAAAACGACAUGUUGGUAAUGAUAUCGUAACUAUUGUCUUCAUGGAUGCCGAAGACCCGGAAGAUGAAGUCUUCUUCAAGCCUUCGAUGAUCAGGUCACACUUCACACACAUAUUUGCAUUGGUAACAUACAACAAGAACGAAGAUACUUAUAGGUUACGAGUGUACUCUGAAGAGUCAGUGCCUUUAUUUGGUCCACCGCUGCCUGCCCCUGCUGUGUUCGACGAUCACCGGGCUUUCCGAGAUUUCCUGCUCGUCAAACUCAUUAACGGGGAAAAAGCUGCCUUCAACACGCCUAUCUUUGCCAACAAGCGCCAACGAACAUUGGAAAUGCUUAUCAAAAACCUGCAACAAGAUAUGAUGCAAGAGACGAAUAAGCAAAACAUGCUGAACAAGAGGUCAUUCAGUGACGUCAUCCCUGACCCCGUCUGGGGCUGGAGAAGUAAGAAAGAAGAAGCCAGACAAGCAGAGUUUGUCAAGAUCGGACAGAUUCUUAAACUCAAAACUAUCGUGAAGGGGGAUGCCCCCACAAGCCUUGCAUCGACGAGUUUACUCAAAAGAGAGCCUUGGGAACCGCAAUGCAUCCAGAAUGACUUCCUGUUCGAGAUUGUUUGCGGAGAUUCGUGGGGGGACAAGCUGAUAGUUGGAACGGAAUCAGGGUCUUCAUAAUCGAGGAGGGGCUAAGUCCUCGCAUGAUCUUCGAUAAGACGGUGGCUUUCAAACAGCUCAGCGUGGUAGAAGCUCAUGGGCUAUUAUUAGCCCGAGCAGACAAAGGUAACCAUAGUAACUAUAUUC